GGAAGGGAGAAAGGAAGGUGUCUGCCUCUAGCUUCGCCAAUGGCGGUUAUGAGACACAGACCUGAGUUGUACCGCUGGCGGCGCUUCAGCCAGUCGGCGUCUCGGCAGAAGACAAAACUUGAUCCUGACAAUGUGGAGCACUGGAUUAAGCGAGUGGAACAAGCAUCUGAGUUUGCUGUUUCUGAGACGUUUUCCUUAAAAAAGACAUCUUAUUCUCGAGGACUUCAUGGCCCUGUGCUAGAUUUGGAAACGACAGAGCAGCUGCAAGAUCAUGAUGAGGCAUAUGUGGAAGCCCAAGAGCUCCUUAAUGAUUGGUUGAAUUCAAAACUGAAGUUGGAACUUGCAGAUGAUCAAGAAGAUAAUGCUGAAAAUCCACUCCCCUGUUCUCUUCCUCCCCAUCAGCCCCCCACUGGCUUUCAGAAGUAUGAAAAAUUUGAUGAUUUUUAUGGUUAUCUGGAAGAUGAGAUGGAAAAUACAACAGUACAAGAUAUUCUGCAGGAUCUACUGCAGAGUGAAGUUGUUGACAGUGGUAUAUUGGGAAAUCUUAGAACUGAAGAACUUAAGGAGAAAAGGAAGCCCAAAGACCCACGAAUUACCAUGGAAUUAAGGCAUAAACAGGUAAAAGAAAAUCGGCUUAGGAGACAGAAGGAGCAGGAGCUUCUGAAACAAGAGAAGGCCCUGAAAAAAUUGGCAAUGUUAGAGGCCCAGAGGCAACUCCAAGAGGAGAACAAGAAGAAGGUUCUGAAAGCCAAGAGAGAAGAAGAGGAAAUUCAGAAACAGAUGGUGAAGCUGCGGAAAGAGUUGGUAGAAAGAAGGCAUCUCAUGGAAGAAACCAGGAAAAUGGAAAGAAAGAGGCACGAUCUAAAAAAAAUUAAGAGGCUGGUAGAAGUCGGCAUGCCUCCUGUGCCAGUCCAUCUGGAUUGUGAGAUAGAAGGACAAAGGAAAGAGAAACAAACCAGGAUGCAGGAGCUGCUGAGCAAAAUUGACAUUGCAAAUCAGAAGUGCCUACGGAAGUAUUUCUCUGCCUGGUACAAGCUUAUUCUGGAUCUCAGAAUUAAGAUGGGAAAAGCAAGGGCCCUUGCUGACUGGAAGUGCCAGCUGAAGACCUUGCGAGCCUGGAGAGAUUACACAUGGUCUCAGAAGUUAGAGCAGGAGACUAAAAAACUGGAGAACCAGCUUCGCAAUCAGAACAGGGGGAAACAGUUGGCUAUAGAGUUUAAUCGGAAGUGCAUUUUGCACUGUUAUUUUACCGAAUGGCAUUGCUGGAGCCGAACGGAGGUGGAAAAGAGAGAACUACAAUUGAAAAAAGAGGAUACAAGGAGGAAAAUGGCAAAGCUGUUAGAGGAAGUGGCACUGGGGAAACUUGCUACAGACGGCUCCCAGGAUGCCAAGAGAACUCAUGAGUCAAAAGAAGCUUGGGAUCAACCCGUGAAUCCUACAGAGGUGGAUGAUCCCAGAAUGGCAAAUGUAGAAAGAGCAAACUCUUGUUCUCCAGAGACAAGUCAAAAACGUGAUCUUCAUUCUCCAAAGCAGCCAAAAUGGGCAUGGCAAGUCACCCUGAAGCAUGCUGCUUUGAAUGCUCAAGAUCGAGCAGUGUUUGGUAACCAAGCAAGAAGUUCCUUGCAGCAUCUUGAACCACCAAAACAAAAAAUGUCCUCUGUCUUAAGGGGUCCCCUGGAGCACCGCCAUGCCUUCCAGCAGCAGCUGAUUGAAGAGCAGAAACGACAGCUCAAAGAGCAGGAAGAACUAAUCCUUAGACUUCAGGAAAAUGAGAGGCUAAAGAAGGCCAAGGAGGAAGCUGAACAAGCCACGGCAGUUACCAAGGCACUUAACAACCAGGCACCAAAAACUAGGGAAGGAAAGCAGUUGAGAGAGAGCCAAUUAAGUUACAGGAAUACAGAGUCUUUAAGAUUAGAAAAUUACCAGCCAGCUACCCAAAGCAAGAGGAGCCUGAAAGUGCUAUCCACACCACAUCCCUUACUCAAAGCCAUGGAGGAAAGAGCAAUUCAGCGUGCAGAAAGGAGAAGGGAACUGGAAGAAGCAAAGAAAAAACGAGAAGAGGAGAAGUUGGCCCAGAUGCAAGCCGAGGAAGAAGAACGUCAGAGGCAAGAAGCAGCAGAGAAGGAGGCUCAGUUGCAGAAGAGGCAAGAGGAGCGAAGACUGCAGAAAGUGAAAGAAUUGGAAAAACAGAGGAGGCUGGAGCGGGAGCAGCAGCUCUUAUCAAAAGCGAAGGAACAUUAUGAUAGGUUCCUGCUGAAGAAGCAGGGGCUGGAGCCCUGGAAAAGACUAAUGCAGCAAACUCAGGAAAAUAUGGUGGUGGCACAAAGUCAUCAUUGCUUUAGGCUGCAAAGGAAGUGCCUGCUUGCCUGGCUUCAUCAUAUGCAAGAGAUCCUUGCUGGGAAAGUAGCUCAGGCUGAGGGACUUUAUUCCCGUCUGCUGCUCAGAAGGUCCUUCAGGAACUGGAUAAUGUACAAGGAUUAUGUAUCUACUUUGGAAGAGAGUGUGAAAAAGCUCCAUGAAACUUCACUUAAGAAGAAGGUCCUCUGGGCUUGGUUUGAUGUACUCAAUGAGGAAAAGAGUAUUUUCUGGAGGAAGCAGAAGACUGCAGACCAAUAUAGUGACAGGAGAAUAAUGCAGACUGUGUUCAGGGCCUGGAGGCAAUUCCCAGCUUUGAUGAAAGAGGAAAGGGAGAAAGAAGAGAGAAUAAAACAGCUAAGGAAGAGAGUGGCUGAAAUUCUUCCAGACUUCCGAACAUGACAUUUCAGACCAGAAGACAGAGCGG